AUGGCAACGCUCACUGUGCCUCCGCAUCACCAACGUGGCUGCCCACCUGAAGUCAUCUUCCUGAGCAGAGAAGUUGGCAGCUUUGUGACCAUUGCUACACGGUUUCUGAAAUUGUGGGAGAGGCGUUAUGUCGCCUUUGAGCUCUUUUACGUGAACGAAUUCCAGAACAAAGAUGAUGCCUACUGCUUCUCCUUAGCCAAGGCCCUCUACUGUGUGCACACUCCUGUGACGGUGGGGUUCUACGCCCCAUGGGGACACUGCACAAGCUUCCUCUUGAACAGGAUCCAAGAGUACAUGGGUCUUCAGUCGCUGAAAAAAGACAAGCAAGAGUUUCAGCAGACGGGGACAAAACAGCGCGGGGCCUCGGGGCGGGAUCUGGUCUCCCUUGUCUUCCUUAUGAUCUUCUACCGCCCAGUCCUGACGCCCCGGCACAAGGAAAGGAAGAACGUGCGGCACCUCUUUAUCCAUUUUAGCGCCUGGGAAUACGCUGGCAGCGAUCAGCUCUGGGCAGGCCUGAUUACUGCUCUGUGUGACGGAAUCGAGGGCUACUUUGGCCUCGUCCCCAUGAGUCUCUACCGGGCCGUGGGCAGGAAAUCCGGCGUCGUUUACGCACCUCUCGAUAAAGAAUGGGUCAGCAAGAAAUACCUCUGCCUCCCAUUGUGGGCUGCUGUGCUCCUCGUUUCCGGAGUGGCCAUUGGGGUGGCUGUCCUCAUCUUUGUCUUUGGGAUUCCCGUCGGCAAUGCUUCAGGGGAUGCCAUCGCUCUCGUCGAGGGCAUCGGGGCCACGGCGGUCGGCAUCACUGCGGCGGCGGCUAUCAGGAUGGCGGUCAUGGUGGCGAGGAAUGUGGUUGUCACUCAGAAGGCCCAGCUGGAGAGGCAGAUGAACCGGACGGACCUCAGCGCCCAGCUGGGUUUCAUGAGCAGUGUCAAGAGGGAAGUCAAGGUCGUCGCCAGGUUCCUCCAGUUCAUGGAGAUCUUCCAGCGGAGGAAGCUCCGCGUGGUGCUGGUGAUCUCCAGCUUGGACCGUUGCAGCCCCGACAAAGUGGUGGGCGUCCUGGACGCCAUGAACAUCCUCCUCUCGGACUACGAGGCGCCCUUCAUCUCCAUCCUGGCGGUCGACCCGAGCGUGAUUGUGGCCUGCGUGGAGAGCUCCUUGUACAUGAAAGGCAUGGCCAACAACGGCUACGAGUUCUUGGACCGCAUCAUCACUCUGCCCUUCUCGGUCCCCAAGAUGGACUGCGAGACCAAGAUGCAGCUGCUUAGAAAUAUCGUGGAGUGGAGGGAAGAGCUGGAGAAGAGCUUCGAAGACGAGGAAGAACCGGGGGCGGAUUCCCAGCAGAGGAACCGGCGGGAAAACCAGGCAGGUCCUCUUCCGGGAUCGGCUUCGUGCCCUUUAGGGGAUUCUGCGGGCUAUAACGGGCCCAAGAAGAUAAAAGACGAUGCCGAGAUACCUCUGGUGGUCACAGUUCCCGAAUGCCGAUAGCCGCCGAGAGGGAGAUGCGGGAAAGGCUUCAAAGCCAAAGAGCUGAUCAAGAAGGCUCUGGAGUUCCUCCAGGAUGGGAGCAUGAAGGAAUACAUGACGGACAACCUGGUGCAGAUGAAAAGGAUCGUCAACACCAUCUCCGUCACGGUCAGACUCAUGGCGACGGAAGUCCCCCGGGAGAAGCUGUGCCCGCGGAAGGCGGCCGCCUGGGUCCUCCUGGCCAACCAGUGGCCUUGCCGCCUGAGCUGGAUCCUGCAGUGUAUCGAGGACGACGAGCAGAUGAGUCACUUGGGCUUGUCCCACGGGUGCCACCUGGCCCACAACCUCUUCCUGUGGGAGGUGUACGAGAAGUACAUGGAGGAGCUCGACAUGUUCAAGGCCCAGCUGGAGAAGCUCCUGGAGCUGGACGGGGACCCCGAGCUCUUCCAGAGCUUCCUCAGCGGCCGGUUCCAGGUGGAGGACGCCCUCUUCUUCCUGCCCUUUACGGUCAACCUGGACUCCUCCUUGAAGAGGCACAUGGAGCUCUUGCGGGGGAGCCACAGCCUGAAGCGGACGGAGAAGUCCCUGGGGCUCUCCCAGUGUACGCUGAUGAGGAUGUCGGUGGAAGAAGUCUGCCGGGAGAUGGACAAACUGGACUUGAAGGAGGAGAACGCCCAGCGGUAUAAAGCGAGACUGAAGGACCACAAUCUGAGCGGCAGGGCCUUGGUUUACAGCGACAGAAACGAAAUCCGGGAAGCGCUGGGGAUGGGCCUGGGGGAAUGGAUGACCUUCAGCGUGUAUUUCUUCGGCUCGGGUGCCCCACAGGGCUCCUUUCCUUCCACGGCCUCCCCAGUCCUGACGUGCGGGGAGAAGAACUGGUUAGGAUUGCAAGAUAAUGUGUUGAGAGGAAGCCGGCUGUCCUUGAAUAUUUCUAGGGAAAAUCUUCACCGAUGA